AUGGAAAACGACAAAGCUCGCUCCCAAGAACCGGAAUGGGAAAAGCUUCGGCCAGGACCAUUCACGAGACACAUUCGGCGUUCUAGGCAGGAUAGGGAAGUACAGCAACUGCGUAUACCGUUCUAUACUGGAACCGAGGACCCCUUAACCCACCUUCAUUCAUUUCAGUCAGCCAUUGGAUGCAAGGGCCUGAGCGAUGAAGGGCAGUGCCUACUAUUCCCAUCUUUUCUUACCGAAGCAGCCCUGAACUGGUUCUACCGGUUGGAGCUGAAAACGAGAGAGGACGAGCCAUUGAGAGAGUAUGCGGCGCGCUUCAGUCACGAAUACUCAAGGUGUCCGGAAACAGAUGAUAGGGCAGCCUACGGCGCCUUCAAGAGUGGCCUUCAGUCCUCGCAUUUCCGAUACCUGGUACACAGCAGCAACUGGCGCACGUAUGACGAGCUGAUGAAGCAGGCAGCGGUGCACGCCAAGGCCGAGUACUUCAACUCGAAACCCAGUGUUUCGGCAUGCCGAGAGGAUACAGAGCCAAACGCUUAUCCGGCAAAGACGCCGUCCUACGAGAGGGUCGACUCAUAUUCGGCGGACCAUAAGAAGAAGGACAACAGUGCCGAUCGAAGAGAUCACCUGAAGAAGGGAAAAGGGCGGUAUGGUCGCAACGACCACCGAGGACCCCUACCCAAUCGUGACCACGGCAACGAGGUCUUUACACUACUGAAUACCACUUAUGAGGCCGUUCUGAUGAACGAACAAGAAAUAAUCCCAAAACCGAAUCAGCGAAGACCCAAUCGACAAGACAACCGGGAGACCGGUAAAUUCUGCCGAUACCAUCAGCACAACAGCCACAAUACGGAAGAUUGUAUAAGCCUGAGAAAGAUCGUGGAACGAUUGAUCCGAGAGGGGAGACUAGACCAUGUCUGUGCAGGGGUUACCGAACGGCAUGGGACCGAUUGA